GUGGAAUCACUUCUACUUCUGAUCUAUACGUACUAUUCAGUCACUAGUCAGUUGCUUUACUAGUUCUCGUAUCUUAGUGACCCUGUAGUAGGUUAACUUUAAUAACGCGAAUAUAAUUGUGUCAUCGUAAUAUUUUGACCUUAUCUAUAUUUGUUUUAUAAUAGAAAAUAAAUUAAACAACUUCAUUAAAAACACAAAUAUCUUUAAAAUCAUGUUGUCUACAUUUAAUCUGCUAAUUGGGAUAUUAAUUAUUUUUAACUUUAGUUUAGUUGUUACAGGAAGAGAAUAUAAUAAGCAACAACUAUUGAAUCAAAAUGUAGACUUUUUAUUACAUGAAUCAAAUGUGAAGCCAACUUCACCGAAACGGGAUUAUGUGGCACAGUCGAAUCCACAAAAUACUCAAAUAAAUAAACAAGACUUUCCACCAUUAAAACCGUCAGUUACAUCAUCACCACCUACUGUGAUUUUGACUACGAAAAAGCAAGACUUUCCUCCUUUACGAUCUCCAUCUGUUACACCGCCGCCAUUUAAUCAGAAAGUUCAACAGGGAUCUACUCGUCCUGAUCAGACGUCAUCUGGAAAACGAGACUAUGUAGCCCCACAAUAUCCAUCUUCUAAUCCUACUGUAACGAAUACUCAUCAAUCAUCGGGAAAAGUUAAAGAUUUAAUAAACUUUUAUGAUAGUAAGGACAAGGAAAAUAGUCCACAGAGAGUACCAAGCUACAGUACAAUUUUACAAGGAUCAACAAAUAACAAAGUAACGCCAACUACUUCUAAAAUAUUACAACCAGUUACCCAACCAACGCAAAAACAAUCAACAGUUUUCACUCCAAAACCUGUUAGUUUUAGCGCUAUAAUCAGUGGUCAUACAUCUACAUCAGGCACUACCUCGAAACCAACAUCCAAAGGACCUAAUCAGUCCAUUAUACCGACAUAUGGGUUAACGACUACUCGAGCAGGAAGCCCUGUGUUACCGAGCUCAAUAUUGAAUAACAAUCAAAACAAUAAAAAUAGUCCUAGCGAUACAGAAUUGCAAACACUAAGUGAGGAAUUAUUAAGAAAAGAUAGUAAUAAUGCUGCGAAAUAUAUUACUGUUAAUUAUCAAGAAAAAACUACGGGCCAGUCUAAAGAAGAUAAAGCACCUAGACCAUUACUCACUAUCGCAGAUGAAGCAUGGAAUAUACCAACAGUCCAAAAAAUACUUCCCUUAUUAGAUAAUUAUGAAAGAGAUACUUUGGUAAACGAACAUGUAACACCACAGGAACGUAAUGAAGAAAAUGAAUUUAUGGACGCAAUUAUGUCAACAGCAGUUAUGCGGCACUUGAUGAACUAUUUAAAAGAAAAAGGUCACGUUACACCCGAUCCAAGACAGCAAAGGGAUUUUUUGAAACAACUGUGGUUUGGGCUAUAUUCUAGGAGUAGAGGAAAAAUUAGUAGUUCUGGAUUUGAACACGUAUUUGUUUCUGAACUUAAAAAUGGUGAUGUAUCAGGACUACAUAAUUGGAUAUAUUUUUCCAAAGAAGAAGCAGCUAAUAGAGUGAAUUAUCUUGGCUAUCUCAAAUAUACACAAUUAAGUGAUAAAGGAACGGUUCUAAAACUUCACUUCACUCAACAAGGAGUCGAUAAGCCCGUCGACAGCAUGUUCAUCGGUACUUCCCCGGAAUUAGAAAUUGCAUUAUACACUCUAUGUUUUGUUACUCGAACUGAUAAUGAUUGUUAUCUUAAACUUGCUGGUAAAGAUGUUAAUAUUAUUACUCAUUCUUACCGGUAUCGUAGUAAAAAUUUUAUUGGUAGUGCCUACCCACAAAUUUAAAAUAUAUUUACUUAAAGACAUUAUAAUAAUUUUGUUCCUAGUUGCUGAUCCUUAUAAUAUUGUAUUAUAUUAAUAUUUCAGAAACAAAUUCAAAUUUAAUAGGAAUUCUUGUUUUUAUGUUUAUGAGUUUUAAUAAAAAAUCGCAAGAUAUAUUAACUAUUAGCCAUACAUAAUUCCAUAAUAAUAUUCACUAGCCAAGAAAUUAUAUAUUAUACUACAAAAAUUUAUAGAUAGCCAUAAAUGUACGCUAUUUAUUAUAAUUUAUUAAUAAUAAUAUAAUGUUAUUUAUAUAAAUAAAUUAUUGCACUUUA